AUUGUCAGGUGUUUACUUACAUGCCGAAUUAAAAAAUAUUUAAUUUAGGUCAAAUUUUAAAUAGACGAAUUAUUUAGGCAUAAUUUCUAUUACUUUAUUAAGUGCAAUUGUUUAUAGUUAUAAUUUGUAAUGAGUUCUUGUUGCGGCAACGAAUUAAUAUUUAAUUCGGUCAUUAGCGAAGUGGUAUCCUCUAAUUUGGAACAGGCAUCGUAUUUUAUCAAUAUUUUAUACAAUUCUGGGUUUAUUGUUGGUGUUACUGUAGUAAUUGGCGCGGUAAUAUUGUGGCUGAUAGUAAAAUCGGUGUCAAGUUUGGAUCGCGAGCGCGCUAACGCAUGAAAGUAAAAGUAAUGCGAUUGUUUACUGCGAAGCUGUACAACACGGCGUUGUAAGGGCGAACGUUGUCCCUACUGUAUCAUCAGCGGGUGGGGAGGCGGGUCCCCCGGGCCCGGCGGCCGAGGACGCCGACAUGAAAGGCGUCGAAGCUACACCAGAAGAACAAGAACGUCUAGCGACAGGAAACAACAAUGGAUCUCUUGACUGCAAACACACGGUUGCACACCCGCAGCCGCACCGCGAGCGCUCCGUGUUCGCGUCGACGCGGGUCUUCAUGCUGGUGUUCCUGUCCGGCUGGGUGCUCCAGGGCAUGUUCCUCACGUAUUUCGUUAGUGUGACAACGACUGUAGAAAAGCUGUUCAAAGUAGAAUCGAAGACAACAGGAACUCUAUUAGCAGCGACAGAAAUCGGUCAGAUAUGUACAGCGCUAUUCCUGACGUACCUGGCGGGUCGAGGGCACCGGCCGCGAUGGAUCGCGUGCAUGAUGCUGGUGCUGGCGGUGGGCGUGAUCGGCUGCGUGGUGCCGCACAUCAUGUACGGCACGCAGCUACUCGACGUGCACUUGGACGGACAUCGCGCCGGCGCCGCGCCCGUCUGCUACUCCUUCCAGAACUCAUCUGACUUAUGUGACGCUGCGCACGUCAAGAGCUCUACGACGCGCACGUCUAUCACGGCCGUGGUGAUCCCCUGGCUGUUCAUCUGCCUGCUGGUGGUGGGCAUCGGACAGACCGGCAUCGCUACGCUGGGCAUCCCGUACGUCGACGAUAAUGUCGGCAGCAAGCAGUCGCCACUUUAUAUGGCUAUCACCAUUGGUAUCAGGGUGAUUGGACCAGCUCUCGGGUUCCUUCUGGGAGCGCUAUGCACGAGGGUUUACGUAAACCCUCUGAGUUCGCCCGACAUCGAAGCCAGUGACCCGAAAUGGGUUGGAGCGUGGUGGUUGGGUAUGGUGUUCAUAGCGGGCUUCAUCGUGCUGCUGUCCACUCUGAUGUUCUGCUUUCCGAGGCAAAUCAGACAGGAGCCUGUGCCCAUGCCGCCCAAGAAGAUAAAGGAUAAGAAUGAACCAUUCUUUAAAGAUUUCUUCGCAACAAUAAAACGGCAGCUCACAAACGACAUUCUGAUGUGGCGCACAGCGAGUUCAGUGCUGCAUCUGAUGCCCAUCAGUGGGGUGUACAGCUUCUUGCCCAAAUACUUGGAGAAACAGUUCCGGCUGCCCACGCACGACGCCAACCUUGUCUCGGGUCUGGGUGGUAUUCUAGUAAUGGGUUUGGGCACGAUCACGUCUGGUGUGGUGAUAUUGAAGUUAGUACCGACUGCGCGACAAGUGGCCGCGUGGACGGCGGCCAGUGCAGCUAUCUAUAGUGCUGGUAUGGUGGUCCUAAUGUUCGUCAGCUGUCCUGAAGAGAACUACCGCAUGAUCAGCGAGAGCGGCAGCAUCGCCAACAGCAGCAUGGAGUGCAGCAGCGGCUGUUACUGCGACGAUGUGCCCUUCAAUCCUGUUUGUGGACAGGACUCAUUCACAUACCUGUCUCCGUGCCAGGCGGGUUGCCUGGGCAGCACGCAGCUGGACAACAGCACGUGGCUGUACUACAACUGCUCGUGUAUCGACGGCAACGCGCGAGGAGAGAAGGCUGUUAACACCAUCGAGCGCUACUCCCUGUACGACAGCAUGGUGGACGCGUCCGGCAGCCUGCUGUCCCGCUCGCUGGGCUUCGCCGUCAGCGGCGAGUGCGGCGGCCCGUGCAACCAGAUCUACGUGUUCAUAGCCGUGUUCGCCGCCGUCAUGUUCGUGCAUGCCAGCGGGGAGGUCGGCGCUGUGCUGCUCAUUAUACGGUGUACUGAUAAACAAGACAAAGCGAUGGCGAUGGGCGUGAUCCAGUUCGCGAUCGGCGUGUUCGGCAACGUGCCGUGCCCCGUGGUGUUCGGCGCCGCCGUGGACGCCGCGUGCCGCGCGCGCGACGCGCUGUGCGGCAUGCUGGGCGCCUGCGCCUCCUACGAUAACGAUAGCUUCAGGCAUCUCUAUUUAGGGCUAUCAGCAACCCUAAUGUUCCUAGCAUUCAUAAUGGACCUCCUAGUAUGGAGCAAAGCGGGUCGCAUUGACAUGAACCCCGCCGACGCCUGCCCCGCGCCCGACGCCGCCCCCCUCGCCCCGCUCGCCGCCCCCCCCGCCCGCCCCGACACGCAGCUCUGACGCACUGAGACUAGCUACGAGUCGCACUUCUGACUCCAGCCUACAGCGAAGGUCUUAACUAAGGAUUGUAGUAAACGAUCCAUCCUUUGUUUUGCGAUUGGACAUUGAUGAUUGCAAUUGACAUGAAGCUAAUGUCAAAAUUUAAUCUCUAAUCGAAAAACAAAAGAUGGAUCGGUUAUUUUGUAAUCUGGAGUAAAUAAGCUAGCAUUGUUGAAGCUGAGCCGUCCUUUGAAUUUCGAACUUUAUUUUCGGUGUAAUAUUUUUUUUAUAUAAAAUGGUCGUGGUUUUGGUAUUUGAAGAUAGAAUAUACGCAAUGCGAGCUUUUUUCGCAAUUCAAAUGUAACAAAAAGGUCUGUUCGAUUUUUCUAGCGUCGUUUGAAAUUAAACUCUAUAUGUAGCGAAUAAAGUUCGAAAUUUAAACAAGCUGUCGACAAUUUUGACAAUGUUCUUGAGAAAAUAUUUUUGUAAUAAGGCACCUUAUUUCCACGUGUUGUGGUCCAAAUUACAAUAAACUAAGAUACUACGUCCUCAACAGUGAAAUUUAAACCUUACGCGUAAGUAAUUAAGUCUAAAAUACAACGACACGCAUGGAUAUGUUUGUCUAUAUGUAAGUUUAAUACCCAGUGAUACGGUCCGGACGGGAUCCAGUUUAUUAGGAGCUUUAGGCAAUUGUGAAUCUUAUAUUUUAAUAGUUAUGAUUGAAAAUUGAUUGAGAGGAUCUGAGUCGUAGUUUAUUUUAACAACAUGUUAGGUGUAACGACAUACAAAAUAUGAUAAUUAAAAGUUGGAUUGGAAGUGGUAUCUUAAUUACAUUUUUAAUGAAUGUAUUUGUAUGCGUGUGGAAGCUACAAAUCGGCUUGACCGCCAUUUAUGAGCCAUAUAAGUAUAAAAAAAACAGUGCAUGCGUUACUUUAUAAUCGGACAUUUAGAUACUAUUUGUAUAUACAAUAUUAAUUUACAAACUACCAAUAUUUUGGUUAUUUAUUAGAAUCUUGCUAAUUCUACCUUUUUAGUAAAUACCAGUGUUUUUGUUCAAACUUGUACGGUUUAUGGCAACACUUCAACGUGACUGAGCAAUGAAAUAGUUUUUAUUGUGCAUUUUAUUUUGUAUCUAUGCAUUUUAUACACUAGUUACUUUACUGAAUAAGUAUGUGCUCAAUUUUGUAAACAUAAUAAGAAGUAAUGAAACUAGAAAUCGAUUCAGGCAUAAUAAUAUACACUUGUAUAAUAAUAAAAAUCAUGUUUAAAAAUAAUUUGGGAGCAAUCGCUUUGUAUACAAAAAAUCUACAGCAAAUAGCGAUUAUUUGGCGAAGUUAGUAUAAAAUAUAUAUUUAUAAAAUCUGAUAAUUUUAAAUAAGAUCUGAACCCACUAACGGACAAAACACUUUAUAUAGAUGAUUAUAAUAAUUCUGUGUUAGUGGGUGAAGAUUUUUGUUCCACGUUUUGUCCAGUCCCUUACUUUAUAAUAUUAUGUUGUUUUACACAUCACUGUAAUUAAUACAUCACUAAAUAAUCACAAACUUCAUACGGGACUGAGUUUUAUCGUCGACGUACGUUGUCUUUUAAUCGAAGAGCCAAUCAAAACGAAGAGUUUUUUUAAACGAACCAAUCACAACUCUCGAAAAAUAAUACUGGUUAGUAUGCUGUCCUGUGAUUGGUCGAAUGAGCUUAUUACAACAACGUGCGUUCUCAACGAUGCAUAAUAUUAUUUCGAUAAAUGCGAUUUACAUGGCUAGUGAUUAGACAUUUAUAUAGUGUUAGUCAAAGAUUUUUUUUGUAACAAAUUAUUACUAAAAUCCCUGUAAAUAAUAUUAAAUUAAUUAAACAUUGUAAUCACAUUAAAAUUAGAUUAAUUAUUUGUAAGUAUUUUUUAAUUAGAGUAAUGUUUCUGUUAUUUUCUAAUCGAUAUAAUUUCGAUAUUUCUUCGUGCUGCGGUCUAUCGUUAAUUUAAAACGCAGGUUUAUACGUGCAUAUAUAUUUAUUUAAAUAUUUCUUUCUUUGAAUGGGCAUUGUUUACAAAUACAUAUUUAAUAAUAAUUGAAUAUUUUCACAACUUUACAAUUAUGAAAUCAUGUGAGGAGACCAUUUGAGGUUCCAAAAAAGUAUCGAUAAAAUAUCGAUAGAUUGAAUAAUAUUUAAGAUCUAACAGAGGUUCGAUAAAAUGCAUAUUUAGUGCAAAAUAUUGCGAGAAUUUAAUAUUGAUAACUUGACGAAAGACCAGGUAUGUUAGAAAUUAAAAGUUAUCUGUUUAAAAAGGCUGGGCCGCGUGUAAAACUAUUUAGUGAAUUAAAUUAGGUAAGCGGUAAUUAAUUCUCUUUUCAUAAUGGUGUUACUAUUUACCUUUAUAUACGGAAACUGUGAUGUUUUGUCGUGUUUAUGUAAUAUUUUGAAAUUUCAGUGUAUACGACCUGGAUUUGUAGUACGCUAUAUUUUGAACUUUAUUUCCUACGAUUUAGAAUCUAAUUUCCAAUAAUACUGUCGAGCUUUCUGUAAAAUAUGAAGGAUCUGAUAAAAUAUAGUGUGCUAUAAAUAUUUUUGGUCAAACGUAAACUACUUAAUUUCUUUUUGCAAUUAACAACUUAAAGUGCAAUGAUAAAAGUACUAAUUAUGAUCUAUUCUUUAUUUUGUAUUUGUAUGCUUUAGUGUAUUGAGUGACAACGAAAGGUGAAUAAAUGAAUUAUUAAUAAUUUCAAUAAGUAUCCCAAAAAUAUCGAAAUCAGCAUAUUAUAAUUGACUUUUUUUAUUUCAUAUAUUGUCGUAUGAAUUUUUUCACCUUUUCAUAUUUUUUUCUACCUAUAUAGUGGUGGUUCUCACUAAAAUGAAGUACAUAAUUUACACGACCAAUUAAUUGGUUUAAUUAACUUUAUAUAACUUGUUCCUUUUUGUGAAUAAAUGUGCAUUAUUAGCGUGCAAUCUUUUAUAUGUAUAUUGUUGUCUUUACAAUUAUGUAUCGCUAAGAAUUAAUGAAAUGUGUAACUUGUGUGCAUAAGCUACUUAUAAUUCACUAAUCGAAUAGUAAAAUUAAUAAUUUGCCUUAGAAAGAAAACAACUUUAGAAAAUUAUUAUUCUUUUUUUUUCUUAAUUUUUACAUCACGACUUUUUCGAAGAUAUAUUUUUAUAUCUUACAAUUAAAAUAUUUGUCGUAGCGAAUUUGAAUAGUUGAAUGAAAUGUUAUAGUUCCGGAAUCGUGGGUAAGAAUGUAUGAGCUUUCUAAUUAAUUCUUUAUGUAUAAAACUUAGGUAAAAAUAUUGCGAAAAUUCGUAUAUAUGUAGCUCGAUUAGCACCCAUCUCAUAGCUAGGUUAUAAAUAGGCCAUUUACCUAUCAAAGUGUAAUUUAUAUGUAUUUACUAAUCUAUGUAUGUAUGAAUAUAACUUCGUAGUUACAAUUUACUUCUCAGUGGUAGCUUUUAGCUAAUUUUGUUGUUUGUUGCUGUAAUAAUAAAUACAAUUUAAGAUAAAGUGUAAUGUCUCUUCGUAAUAGUGAACACAAUUUUACUAGUCUACGUUUAGUUUUAGAGAAUAAUACCUCUGGAUUUUAGAUGUAAACAUCUGUAACCGUCUAUUAUUUUAAAUGCUUACGCAUAAUAUGUCUGGGAACUACCGGUUAAUGAGAAAUUCUGUUCCAAAUAUUGUACAUUGUGUACUAAUUUUUUUAUAAAUAGUUUUCUGAAGAAUAUUCAAAUAAAACUGCCACUAAAGCGCACAUUAAGUGAGUUUGUAACACUUUUGUACGCGACUGUAUUCGUACGAAGUCUUUAUACACAGGAUCGUAUUGUUUUUAAAUAAAUGCCUGUUCGGUACACCUCCAGUACAUACGUUUACAACAUUGUAAUGAUAUAACAUAAGUACAGUGUAGAUUUGUUAUUGUGACCUCGGAUCACAUAUUUUUUAAUUAUUUGUAAAUAAAAAUUAUUGAGAUAUAA